AUGUUCAACAGUGCCCAACGGCUAAAAGGCCUUGAAUAUGAACAAAUAAAUAAAAAAAGUACAACAGAAAAAUCAGUGCGCGGUAAUCCUUGUUCACAUGGUAAGUGCCAGAAUCAAUGUGGUACAAUUUCAGAUGAAGAUAGACAGACAAUUUUUAAAAUAUAUUAUGACAUGCGUUCCCAUCAACAGCAAAAGGAUUUUUUAGUGACCUAUGUAUCGGCUCAGGAUAAGAAAAGACAAUAUACCAAAGCAGAGAUCAGUAGGCGUAAGGUUACGAAAAACUAUUAUCUCCCAAUAAAUGGAGUCCGAAGAAAAGUUUGUCUGAAAUUUCUUUUAAAAACUCUAGAUAUCUCUGAGAAACUUGUGAGGUAUUCGUACGAGAAUAAAACAGACUUAAAUACAGCCAAAAGUGAUUGUCGUGGGCAACAACCGCCUCAGAACAAAACUGCUCCCGAAUUGUCAUCUAAUGUUGAAGGGUUCAUAUCCAGUCUUCCUGCUGUACCGUCCCAUUACUGUAGAGCUGGGUCAACUAGAAAAUACUUGCCGUCAGAUUUUAAAAACUUGUCUCAUAUUUUUAGAAUGUACAAAGCUCUUUGUGAAAAAAAUAAAAAUCCAAGUGUAAGUGAGAAGGUAUUCAAGAAUAUAUUUCAUAACAAAUUUAAUAUUGGCAUUCACGUACCAAAAAAAGAUAAAUGUGUACAAUGUGAAAAGUUUAAGAACACGUCAGAAACUGAUCGAAGUGAGGAGCAGAGUUUAAAAUUUAAGAAACAUAAAGUGGAAGUGCAAUUUUCAAAAAGUAUUCACCUCACUGCUCAGGAAUAUGCUAAGUCAUGUGAAUCAUUUAUUUGCGCAAGUUUUGACUUACAGAAAGUCCUUAAUACUCCGCAUGGAAACAGUAUGCUCCUUUACUCUUCUCAGUGGUGUCGAUAUCCUCGCGGAAAGUGUACGUGUUCGCAGGGCGUCGGUUAUGCUCGGUUACAUGAAACUGUGGAGGAUACUUGGCGGGAAAUACAAACCUACGAUGAAUUACCCUCAACCAGUAGGGAGCAAUCCGAGGAAUUGGCUUUUUUCAACGACAACGAAAGUUUUCAGUUAGUAGUGGUAGAAAGAAACUUGUGUGCUAGUGAUUUGUGUCAACUUUUAGCUUUGAAAAACAGGACGGCAAAAAGUGUGCAUUGGAGUAUUAUCGAACAGUGGAAUGAUCUAGGACUUGAAAGAAUGUUAGAAGACCACGAAUACGUCCUAGCAGCUUAUAAAGACAUGAAAAUGUUUUCGUGUCAUGCUCGAUUUAAAUUUAGAUUUAGAAAAGAGUUUAGAAAAUAUGAGUUCUUCCAUCAUCCCCAACAAUUUUUUCCAUAUGGGAUGUUGAACAUUGAAAACGAGGCCUCCAGGGAUGAAAACAAGAAUCCCGCUAAUCCCUCCCACUUACAGGUAGAGUACUUGGUGAUCCAAGACGGUAUGUGCCCUGUGAUAUUUUCCCACGUCUGGAUCCGGGACGAUAAAAAGAAAAUCUGGAUAAAGACGUAUAUGUUACUUAGGGACCAAAGACUCUUCAUUUCGCAGAAAAUCCAAUCGCUUGCCAAAUUUAUGAGGACACCCAAGGAACAAGCACUAGAACUGCUCGUGCUGCUUCUCGUAUUACCUCUAAAAGGAGAUCGAAUUACUCAGAAAGUAAUUCGGAAGUGA